AUGGAACAAUGGAAAUACAUUAGAGAAAUUGGCGCUAGAGCCAAUCUUCCAUGGGUAAUCAUAGGUGAUCUUAAUAUUACUAUGCAUGCACAUGAAAGAUAUACUUUCUCAACUCCCACUACUUUAGAGUAUCCUGAAAUCCAAUCGAUUAUAGACAAUGUUGAUCUUUCAGAUUUAGGAUACAUUGGAAACAAUUUUACUUGGAACAAUAGACAGUCUGGCAAUGAUUGUAUUUACGCUAGACUUGAUAUGGCGCUUGGUAAUGGUCACUGGUUAACUCAUUAUGGUUCUUCUAUUGUUCACCAUAUUGACGCUAUAUGCAGUGAUCACAUACCAAUUAUCUUGGAGACUAAUCCCAUGUCUAACCAAGGUAGUAAGCCUUAUAGAUAUUUCAAGUGUUGGAGAAUUGAUCCAUCUGUUAGGGAAGUAAUCAACAAUGCUUACUCUAAAGAUGUUAGAAGUUCUUCUCCAUACAAAUUAGCUAACAGACUUAGGUUUGUUGAACAUGAUAUUAAAUUGUGGAAUAUCCAACAUUUUGGCAAUAUUGAUCAUAAGGUUAAGACUCUAAGUAAUCAACUCAAUGAUCUAACUAAUCUUCAUCAUUCCUCUGAGAAUGUGGAAUUGAUUAAACAAGUAGAGUUUGAUCUAGCACACUGGCAAAAAGUUCAAGAAGACUUCUGUUAG